UAUUUUACGACGUCUUUCUGGCAACACUGUUUCUUCAGGUUUAAAUGCGUCCUGAAACAUCAAACUCGUCAAAAAUUUGCUAAUUGUUAAAGGUGAAAUUGAGAAUGAGUUAUACUCCUUCCAACACUGCAGUAGGAAGAACAAUGUUACAUCGAAAUUACGGAACACCUGAAGUACCAGUUUCUAAUCCAAAAGAACAGACAAUGAUUUGGCAACAAAAUUCAUAUCAUGUAGAUUCAGGGAUCCAUUCUGGAUCAAAUACACAGGCUCCAUCUGUAACAGGUAAAGAUGAAGAGAUGGAUACUAAUCAAAUGUUGUUUGACUGGGAACAAAGAGAAUUUGGUCAAGGAUUAACAAAUGAACAAGUUGAUGAAAUAAAUCAACAAUUAAGCCAAACAAGAUCACAACGUGUUCGAGAAGCAAUGUUUCCAGAAACACUUGAAAAAGGAAUUGAAAUUCCUUCUACUCAGUUUGAUACUAGUCGUCCAACUGCUGUUCAGAAAUUAUCAGAACCUUCUCAAAUGUUGAAACAUGCAGUUGUAAAUAUAAUAAAUUAUCAGGAUGAUGCUGAUCUAGCAACUAGAGCCAUUCCAGAGUUGAUAAAGUUGUUAAAUGAUGAAGAUCAGGUAGUUGUUAGUCAAGCUGCUAUGAUGGUUCAUCAGUUAUCGAAAAAAGAAGCUUCACGACAUGCAUUAAUGAAUUCUCCUCAAAUGGUGGCAGGACUUGUUCGAGCAAUGUCAACUUCUAAUGAUUUAGAAACAACUAGAUGUGCUGCUAGUACUCUGCAUAAUCUCUCUCAUCAUCGUCAAGGUUUAUUAGCAAUUUUUAAAUCUGGAGGAAUUCCUGCACUUGUUAAAUUAUUAAGGUAUAAAUUUUUGUCAUUAUUUUUGCAUACUUUUGCUAUAAAUAGAAAUCUGAAUUAUAUUUAUUUAUAUUUGUUUUUAGGUGGAAUGCAAGCAUUAGCCACUCAUCUUGGACAUCAGAGUCAAAGAUUGAUUCUUAAUUGUUUAUGGACCCUUCGUAAUUUAUCAGAUGCUGCAACAAAACAAGAAAAUGUAGAACAGUUGCUUCAAAGUUUAGUCCAGCUACUAAGCAGCACUGAUAUCAAUGUUGUAACAUGUGCAGCAGGUGUUUUGUCAAAUUUAACUUGUAAUAAUCAAAACAACAAAAUUGUUGUUUGUCAGUUGGGAGGAAUUGAAGGUCUAGUGCGAGUCAUAGUGCAAGCAGGUGAUAGAGAAGAAAUCACAGAACCAGCUGUAUGUGCAUUACGUCAUUUAACAAGCAGACAUAAUGAAGCUGAAGUUGCACAGAAUGCUGUCAGAUUACAUUAUGGAUUACAAGCUAUUGUCAAAUUACUUCAACCACCAUCUCGUCUGCCUUUGAUUAAAGCUGUAAUUGGUUUGAUUCGUAAUCUUGCUCUCUGCUCUGCCAAUCAUGCUCCUCUUCGAGAACAUGGUGCAAUUCCACAUCUUGUUCAGUUAUUAUUCAAGUCAUAUCAAGAUCCUCAAAGAAGAGCUAGUUUAGCAUCUAAUAAUAGUCAGGUUCAAGAUUCUUCUGGUGUAAGAUUGGAAGAAAUAGUUGAAGGUACUGUAGGAGCACUUCAUAUUUUAGCCCGAGAUGUUCGUAAUAGAGCAAUUAUUCGAGGCUUAAAUGUAAUAAGAGUAUUUGUGCAAGUAUGUGCAUUACGUCAUUUAACAAGCAGACAUAAUGAAGCUGAAGUUGCACAGAAUGCUGUCAGAUUACAUUAUGGAUUACAAGCUAUUGUCAAAUUACUUCAACCACCAUCUCGUCUGCCUUUGAUUAAAGCUGUAAUUGGUUUGAUUCGUAAUCUUGCUCUCUGCUCUGCCAAUCAUGCUCCUCUUCGAGAACAUGGUGCAAUUCCACAUCUUGUUCAGUUAUUAUUCAAGUCAUAUCAAGAUCCUCAAAGAAGAGCUAGUUUAGCAUCUAAUAAUAGUCAGGUUCAAGAUUCUUCUGGUGUAAGAUUGGAAGAAAUAGUUGAAGGUACUGUAGGAGCACUUCAUAUUUUAGCCCGAGAUGUUCGUAAUAGAGCAAUUAUUCGAGGCUUAAAUGUAAUAAGAGUAUUUGUGCAAUUGUUAUAUAAUGAAAUUGAAAAUAUACAGCGUGUAGCUGCAGGGGUAUUGUGUGAGUUAGCAGCAGACAAAGAAGGAGCAGAAAUAAUUGAAGCAGAAGGUGCAACUGCACCUUUGACUGAUUUACUUCAUUCUUGCAAUGAAGGAGUUGCUACAUAUGCUGCUGCUGUUCUGUUUAGAAUGUCAGAAGAUAAACCUCAUGAUUAUAAAAAACGAUUGUCUGUUGAAUUAACCAAUUCUCUUUUUAGAGAUGACAUUGGUAAUUGGGGAACCACUCCUAUUGAUGCAGACUUGAAUAUACUUGAAUCAGAAGAACCUUAUCAUGAUCAGAUUUAUCAAUCUGGACAAGAACUUCAUGUUAAUUCAAAUAUGGGAGGAAGACCUGACAUGUAUUCACAGACUGGAUAUGAAUCUAAUGGUCCAGUUGAUUCCAUCCAAGGUAUUGAUAUAGGAAAUGUUUGUUCUGUUGGUGGAGGAGCUUAUGGCCCAAUGGAUCUGGACAAUCUUGAUUUUGAAGGUUUAGAUCCUGGACUUCAGCAUCAACAGCAACAAGAUGCAAAUCAUCAGAUUACAGCUUGGUAUGAUACUGAUCUGUAGAUGCCAAAAUUUCAUGCAUUCCAUUAUUUGUGCAUUAUUUCCAUUUGAAAGCUGCCAAACUAAAUAUAUAUUGCUUUAAAUUUUAUAAUUUUAAUUCAGCAAGGCUUCCAGAUAAGUAAUCUUUCUAAUUAUACAUUGAUAUAUGUGAUAUUUUUUUCUUUAUCAUAGAGCCAAAGGUAUAUACUCAUUUUACAGCAAUCUUAUAUUGAUUGCUGUUUUUUUUUAAUUAUAAUCAUCAGAAUAAAAACAGUAUUGUUUUGUGUUUUUGUAUUUGUGAAAAGUCUUCAUUUUGUCAUAGAAAAAAUUUUAAUCCAAUUAUUAUGAAUCAAACUAUUAUCAUUUCAUAAUUUGAAUACACUAUUUCAUAACUAUACAUUUAUAACAUCACCAAUAUGAAAUAAAAUUUUUCUAUUCCUUUUAAAAAACGAAGAAUAAAGUGCUUUUGCUACUAUUCUAUUGAAAAAUUAUUUUUAUAUUUCAUAGACAAAUUUUAAUCACCAAGUUUGUGUAAUUAUUUAUUUUUUUGACUAAUUCAUAUAUUUGAAAAUUUUAAAGAAAUAUUUGUAAUAAACAAUAUUUUGAUAAUAUUUUUGAAUUAAAGACAAAUGAGUGUUCUCAAAUUUGUAGUUUGUUACAUCAUUUUUUCACUUUUGCAGCUUAUCGAAAAUUCAUUGAAUUAGUGCCUUUUAAAAGUGCACUUACAUUAUUUCAAUGAAUGAAUAAAUGAAUAAUUUGUCAAAUUUGAUAUUAUUUGACUAUUAUUCUUUUGCAUUCUAAAAUGUAGAUGACAUUUAUUAAUUUUUAGAUACAUUGUUGUUUAUUAUUUCAUAUGACAAUAUCUAUUCUCAAGAAAUCCCAUUUGAACUUCAUACUAUCACUUUUAGAAAACUGUAGGUCUGAUCUGCAUGAGAAAUGAUUUAAUUUUGUUGUUCAUACUAGCCAAAUUGUUUCUGUUCUUUUGUUCAUCCAUUUAUAUAGUUUAAGUACUUUAAUCAGCUGAAAUAACAAUAAUGCUGUAAAUGAUUUAUAUUGAUACAGUAGAGAGUCGUUUAUCCGAAUCAAUUGGGGACUGGGGUUGUUUGGAAAAUC